AUGCCCGCGCUCGCGCGGCGUGAUUUUCCGAGCUUUCCGUACGCCGCACCGUACGGGAUUCAAAAAGAUUUAAUGCGUCGAGUGUACGACGCGUGCGAGCGAAAGAAAACGUUCGGUGUGUUUGAGUCACCCACGGGCACGGGGAAGACGCUGAGCGUGCUCAUCGGCGCGUUGUCGUGGAUCGAUGAUCGUCGACGACGGCGGCUUCGGGGGGAGACGUCGUCGAGCGACUCGGAGGAUGCGGUCGAGGCGGCGGCGGGACGCGGCGCGGCGGCGGCGGCGGCGGGACGCGGCGCGGCGGACGACGAACCGGAUUGGUUGAAAGAGUACGACGCGAAACGAAGGAAAACGGACGCGGAUUCGGUGGAGAAACGUCGGCAGGAGAUUAGGAGAGAGAUGCGGGAGCGAGCGUCGAAGGCGGAGCAGAGAGCGAUUUUACGGAGAGACGCGGAGAAGCGUUUGCGAGAACAGAUUGCGAGCGCGAACGCGAAUGCGGAGACGCGAUCGGAGGUGGAUAAAUACACGGCGGAGGAGCGAGAGUUCUUGGUGGAUGAGUACGAUUCAUCGGCGGAACACGCGGUGGAGGAUCUUCGGACGCUUUUGAGGGACGGGGACGACGAGAGCGACGACGAGGACGAGUCGGCUCGGCGAGAGGAAGACGAGGCGCUCAGACCGGCGCAGCAGAUCAUUCUCUGUUCGCGCACGCACUCGCAGCUCACGCAGGUGAUUGGAGAGUUACGAAAGACGGUUUUCGGUGGAAAAGUUGAGGGCGCGCCGGAGAUGGUCACGGCGGCCGCCGUCGCCGGUCGCGCGCAGCUGUGCGUAAAUCCGGCGGUGAAAAGCUUGGGCUCGGCGGCGAGAAUUAACGAGCGUUGUUUAGACAUGAGCAGGGGGAAGAAGAAGCCCGGAGAGAAGGAAAAGCACAAGGCGUGUCCGUUCCUAUCGAAGCGACGAAAAGCUCUGCUCGAGCUCAAAGAAGCGGCGCUGGCGAAACCGAUGGACAUUGAAGACUUGGCGAAACUCGGCGAGACGAGACGAGCCUGUCCUUACUACGCCGCGCGCUCGGCGUUACCCGAAGCUGACUUAGUUUUGAUGCCGUACGCGUCUCUCUUGCACGCGGACACGCGAGAGACGUUGGGGGUGAGACUGGAGAAUGCCGUCGUGGUGUUCGACGAGGCGCACAACUUGGUGGACGCCGUGCACAAUUCGUACGGCGCGGCGGCAACCUUGGACCAAUUAAACGACGUCGACGACAUGGUCACCGCGUACGUCGAGAGAUUCAAGACGAGAUUGAGCGCGAGUAACCUGCGAUACUUACGAACGCUGACGAACAUCGCGCGCGCGUUCGCCAAGACGCUCGCCAAGGAAAGCGACGACGAGACCAAGGCGCGGAAACGUUUGACGACUCUGAAUGAUUUCUUAUUCGAGUGCGGACAGGACACGGUGAACAUGUUCAGCUUGAGGAAGUACUUGAAGGAGAGCAAAGUCGCGCACAAGAUUGCGUCGUACGGCGAGUGCUCGAGGGCGGAUGCGAACGCGGAGGAAUGGGCGUCCGGGCGUCCGGGCGUCGGCCGAGUCAAGAUUGAAAAAAUAGGCGACGCGAACGUCGCCGUCGCGCCGACGCCGUCGCCCAACCCCAGAGUGGGCGCGGUGCACGCGCUGUCGUCGCUCAUCGAGGCCUUGGCGAGCGCGGACUCGGACGGGCGAAUAGUGUACGAACGCGCCGCGGAUGGCGAACCGGCGAAGCUGCGCUUCAUUCUUUUGGACGCGGCGAGUCGAUUUCGACGCGUCGUCGACGCCGCUCGAUCGGUCAUUCUCGUCGGCGGUACGCUCGCCCCGUUCUCAGAGCUCGUGGCGCAGCUCUAUCCCGAGCUCGACGUCACUGGAUCCACGACGGUCUCGACCCCGGCGCGUUCGCCGAACGCGGGCGUCGCCCUCAAGACGUUUACGUGCGGUCACAUCAUUCCGCGGGACAACUUGCUCGCCGUCCCGCUUCCCGCCGGCCCCACCGGCGUCGCGCUCGAUUUCACCCACGCCUCGCGCUCGAGCGCGUCGCUCAUCGACGAACUCGGAAGAAUCGUCCUCAACGCGUGUCGCGUCGCCCCCGGCGGGGCGUGCGUCUUCUUCCCAUCCUUCGCGUACGCCGACGACGUCUGCGCGCGAUGGGACGCCACGGGCGCGAUGGCCGCCGUGCGCGCCGUGAAGGAUGUCUAUCGCGAGCCCAGAGACGGUGCGGCGCUGGAACAGUGUUUACGCGACUACGCCGCCUCAAUCUCUCGCGCGACGAAACCCAACGGCGGCGCCGUACUCCUGUGCGUCGUCGGCGGCAAGCUCAGCGAGGGCAUCAACUUUAGCGACGACCUCGGAAGGCUCGUCGUCGUCGUCGGUUUACCCUACGCCAACGUCGCCGACGCCGAGCUCCGGGCGCGCAAGGACCACUUGGACGCCACCGGCGAACGAGGGCGCGGUCGGGCGUAUUACGAAGCCCUGUGCGCGCGCGCGGUGAAUCAAUCCAUCGGUCGCGCCGUUCGCCACGUCGGCGAUUACGCCGCCGUCCUCCUCUGCGACGUUCGCUGGGGCCCGUUCGCUUCGACGUCCGGAAAGCGCGGCAAGCACGUCCAGGCGCUUCCCGAGUGGAUCGCCCGACGACUCGCGACGCCGACGUCGUACGGCGACGCCCACGGCGCGCUCGCCCGAUUCUUUCGGGACAAACGCAUUCGCAUUCGGGCGUCGCCGUCGCGCGCCGCGGAGACGAACGGGUGA